GAGUAGACGUUCGUGAAUUGCGGAAAGCCCGGUCGGGUCUUGAUUGCCCUUUGUCGUAUAGGUACGAGGGUAUUGGUCCGACUGGAUUCCAAAUGAACCCCAGCACUUGUCAACUGGGCCCAGUUCUUACUUUUGCUGCGUUCUAGUGCAGCCGUCGGGUUCUUCAAUUCGGAAUCAAUCACACACACUUCAGCCAAGAAAGGCUGACGAAGCUUAUAUUCUUCAUAUCAUGGCCCUGGUCGAUUACAUGUCGUCCGACGAGGAACAUGUUGUGGACGAAGACCUUCCUCGUGACGGCCAAGUCAACCAAGCCAGCAGAGAAGGUGACGAAAAGAAUGUCAACGCGAAAACAUCCAAUUCAAGUAAUUUAAAGCGAAAGCGAGACGUUUCUUCAUCGUCUUCAGAAUUGCCUCCACUGCCCUCCAAAUUUCAUGAUCUUUAUGCCUCAACCGUGAGGGCCAGUACAAGAGAUGAUCCAAGCUUACAUGGAGGAAGAAAAAGAGUGACUCCCCAUAUUGAGGGCAAUUGGCCAACACAUAUUUAUAUUGAGUGGUAUCCUUCGACGAUAGAAUUUGAUCUUGUAUCAUCCUUGAUCUCACAAGUUGAGUCGUUCAAAACCCACGACAUUCAAACAUUUUUGUCAAACGAUCUUGGAGUCCCUCUCCCCUUACACGUCAGUCUUUCACGGGCAAUUGGAUUUUCCAAAGAUGUUAAAGAUACCUUCUUGACUUCAUUCGAACAAGUCAUAAAAUCCUCCGGAGUUCGUCCUUUUGAGAUGGGGUUCUCCGGUUUAGCUUGGGUUCCGAACUAUGAAAAGACUCGAUGGUUUCUGGUCCUCCGCGUCAAUACUCCGGAAAGCAACGCCUUAAACAAAUUACUUCACGUCAGUAAUAAAGUCGUGGAGGAAUUUGGACAGCCGCCCCUGUACGCAAACUCUAGAACGAGUGUAACUAAUGGCCAACAAGUAACAAAAGGUGCUCACCCCUCUCAACACGGCAAACCUUUCAGGGGCAAGACGCAGCAAAAAAAGGAUGCUUUCAAUGAUAUGGCUGAUUUAUCAAACGCUUUUCAUGUUAGCAUUGCGUGGACACUAUUGCCUCCAGACCGAGAACUUAUUGAAGCUACCGAGCGAUUGACAGCCGAUGAAUUGAUGAAAGUAAAGCAGAUUCAAAUAAAGACCGAGGAGAUCAAAGCCAAGAUUGGUAAUGCUGUUACCAACGUGCCCCUAACUGUGGGUAUUACGGAAGGCAAAAGUCUGUUCGGGUUGUAAGGAAAUAUUUUACUUCAGAGGGGUACACAAUUUGUUCGACAAUCCAGGACAACGAUGUGCCGAAAAGUGAUUUAGUUUACCGAGCUGGUUCUAGUCGAGAUCUCACUCGUACCAUCAGUCACAAACACGUAUGGUCUGUUUCUUAAGUAAGUCGGGAUCUUGAUUACAUGGCUCUUCCAAUAUUUCUGAGUAUAUCCACAAACAGCUUUCUUUCCAGAGUCGACGUGAUGUUUGACAUUCUCUGUCAACAGCUUGACUAUCCUGAGUCGAACAACAUCGUAUUCGGUGCCCGUGAGCCAUUCAUUUCCAAGCCUAUGUUAUGUUGUUUAUGUUUGUGACCACCAGGCGAAGCUCGGAUGUGUCAGAAGAUGGAGCUAUCAAAAACAUCAGCAUAACUCUACACAAUUUCGUCAAAGUUAAGGCAAAAGCAUGCCUUCAUUGAAGGAAUUCCGUCCAGCCCGCGCCUUAUGCGACUUCCAUGCCACCCAUGCCAAAACCACACUAAGAACUCCCACCACCGUUGCUAUAGUGCCAAAAACUAUCUGAAUCACAUCAUCAUGGGAUAAGGCACCGAUGGGAGUGUUGUCGUCCGUAUUCAUUGAAGCCAAUGAAUAGAUUUCUCCCUUAAGCUUAGAGCCUACACGAUAUUAGGGCACUUUUGCUAAAAAAAAAAUAUAUACA